CAUGGGAAAGGAUCAGGAAUUCUUAGAAGCGGCGCGUAAUGGCAAUAUCUCGUAUAUUGAAAAAGUACUUAACCAAAAGGCCAAACGAGCGGGACCAUUGGCCAGUUUAAGGCGAGGCACAGGAGUAAAUGUACAAGAUAGCGGUGGCUAUUCAGCUCUGCAUCAUGCCUGCCUAAAUGGACAUACAGAUAUUGUACGUCUGCUGCUAAAUCAUGAAGCAUCACCAAAUUUACCCGACAUGAGAGGUUCGUCGCCGCUCCACCUGGCAGCAUGGGCGGGCGAAGAAGAAAUUGUAAAAAUGCUGCUAACACAUCCAUAUCGGCCUGCAAAUCCUGACUUGCAAACUAUCGAAAAGGAAACACCAUUGCAUUGCGCGGCCCAACACGGACACACAGGUGCAUUGUCAAUACUCCUGGCCCACGAAGCUGAUCCUAAUAUGAGAAAUACCCGGGGCGAAACACCACUAGAUUUGGCCUGUCAAUAUGGCCGACUGCAAGCAGUACAAAUUUUGAUAAGGGCUCACCCCGAGCUAUUGGCACCCUACACCAUACAGGCCACCGAAAAUCAAAGUAACAAUCGGUCAAGACAUUCGUCACCUCUGCCACAUUCAGGUUCAAUGUCAACACCCUCACCCUCGUCACCAGCCACCCCCAAUCGAUGUGUGUUUUCUCAUACCUGUCUGCAUUUGGCUAGUCGAAAUGGUCACAAGGCCAUUGUUGAGGUGUUAUUAGGUUCGGGAGUCAAUGUUAACCUGCUCACACCAUCUGGAUCGGCAUUGCAUGAAGCUGCUUUGUGUGGCAAGGAAUCAGUGGUGAGAACUCUGCUGAAGUCUGGAAUUGAUUUAAAUGCCACCGAUGCUGAAGAUCGAACGGUAUUGGAUAUUUUAAAGGAAUUUCCACCGCAUGUUACCAAACACAUUAUCGAUGUUAUAAAUAAUUUCCGCAAUCAAAUGGAUACCGACGAUGGAGACGAAGUGAUAUAUCGUCAUCAGCAGCAAUCGAAUUCAACGACACGGAAUCAUGCUGGUGGCACCACGGGCAGCCACCAUCAAAAGCAACAACACAACAAUCACUACCACUUCAAUUCGAAUAAUCAUCUUCUGAAUCAUUCCCUAUCGAUGCAACAGUCUUCGUAUAGCAAACAACGAUUUAGUUCCGGUGCCACCUUUAAUGGUGGUGGUAAGUCAUUGGAUAGUGGUCUGCAGCUGGAUGAGACGUCAAGUAGUACCGGAACUGGUGGAGGUGGUGGUCAAAGUGGGGGAGGAAAUCGUUUCUAUCAUGACACGUUGAAUUCGCCAGUACGCAGUCAAUCGAAUACAUCACAAAAUGAAAUGGGUGUCAGUCCUUCGUCUUCAAUGAGCAGUUUUGAACCUUCAUCGGUUUCACCUAGAUCAAGAUGUUCCACAGGUGGUGUUUCCAGCUUUGUUGGUAAUCCACCAGCACUGAGUAGCUUCGGUCCAGCGGCACCACCUAAAAAACCACCACGCCGCAAUCUUUCGGUAUCGCCGACAAACAGUGGCCAACCCUUUAGCUACACUUCACCCAACCAUCAGCAGCAGCAACAACAGCAAAACAAUUUUAGUCGCAGCCAAACACGUAGUCCCUCCAAUGACAGCCCCUUCUCGCAUGGCAGUGUUAGUGGUAUGAGUUUUGAUGAAUCUCAACUAUGUGAUCGCCAAAGAGGCAGCCGUUUGUUUGCCAGUGCGCGGGAAACCACAAGAUCCUCAGCCGGAAUAUCAUUAAGUUCAAGUACCGACAUGUUAGAGAAACGUCAUCACAUGGGUGAUAUAGAAAAUCUUGUGCCAAAUUCUAAUCAGGACAUCAGCAAUUCAAUGAAGAGACCAAAACCAGCACCAAGAAAUUUAAAUAAUAUUUCAACGGAGACGGGAAGUAGUGACAAUUCCACAUUGAAAUCAUAUAAUCCCAAUCGAAAAUUGAAAAGGAAUCGUAAUAGCUAUUCGAUAACGCUGGGCGAUAAUAGUGAAAACGAUCCGAAUAAACCUCAAAUACCACAAAGUCCAACAAAUUACAGACAACCACCGACUCCUGAUCAUCCGCCACCAUCAUCCAGUCACGCUGAGAAAGUCAUACAUGAACGCAUACGACCAUUGAGCCAAGAAUAUAAACGACGUUCAGCAUUGUUGCAAUUACAAAAGCAACAACAACAAUUACUCAUUGACAUCGGCACAUCGCCCCUCAAACAAUUGAACUCCAACUCGAAUACGAACACAAAUCCCAAGCCAACAUCUAAUUACGAUUACGCUUAUAUUCAGACAACAGCUGCCAACAUGGAUACACUUUCAUCGAAUAUUUACUCCACAAUUGGUUCGGGUCCCGUUCGAGGUUCCAUGGGUUCGUUGAGUUCUAGUAUCUCACUAUCCGAUCAUAGUGGUUCCACCGAUAAUGUUGAAGAGUUCGUUGGCGAUCAACCAUUGGCUGGAUUACUUAAAGGCUCGACGGCGGCCAUGAAUAAUGGCAAUAAGAAAAUUGAACCUGCCUAUGCAACGGUUAAUAAAAGCGCCAAAAUGCAACCACCUCAAGUUCAACUACCACCACCAAGACCACAACAACAAUUGCCACCAAAUACCCAGGUGCCGGUCUAUGCGACCAUUCAUAAGAAACGUGGCAUCUCGACGACGGCCCACUGUGGUAAUGAACCAAAUGUGGCGGCCAAGGCCAGACCACCAAUACCCGCCAAACCAAUUAUACCCGAGAGACGUUUAUUUAAGGCGUCGGCACCCCAAGUACCCAACAUGGAGGGCCAGGAGACAUCGGCAACGACUGAGUUAAACAACGAUUUAGAUUUAGAUCAAGAAAUGACAAAUGAUUCGGAUGACCUCUAUGAAGAAUUGAAUGAACCCAAAACUGUGGUAGAAAAUAACAUUCCAAAAGUUAAUGAAACGAAAGGGGAAACUAAGGAGGGGGCUAAGUCGGAUGCCAAUGAUACCCUACUGAGUCAUCAGAGUUCGGUGAAUAGUUCAUCGAUUGAAGAUCAAUCGCAGACAACACAAACUACUUCGUCUCAACCGACAACAACCACCACUGAGAGUUCAAAUGAGGAUAGUUCGUUGACCAACAACAACACCACCAUCUCGUCAACCUCGCACGAAAGCAGCAUUCUAAGUCCCUUCAAUGCCGAGGAGGCGCGCAAAAAGAUUUCGGAAAUUUUGGAAUCAUUUGGUAGCAGUAUUUUGAAUUCGGAUAUUUCGCCUACCAAUGAUUUGGAUUUCGAUGAUAUUGAAGUUCCUGUUGAGCGUCAGGAGUUGACAAGUCGUUUGAGGAAGGCUGGACUGGGUCAGCUGGAAAAGAAGCUACUCGAACAUGGUUAUGAUAAUUAUAAGUAUAUGAAUGGUGUUUUAGAGGAGGGGGAUCUGGAGACCAUGCAAAUUAGCAAACAGGAUGGUGCCAAGUUACUAAGAUUUGUGGCAACACUACCCAAGGCGGCAUUUCCGUCACAAGUUCCAUUACGUUCACAGCAGGAAAAUAAAACAAGUAACGAGGUGAAGGGUGUGGGUUCCCUUAAUCAGUGGCUGAAUGCCAUACAACUACCCCAGUAUAUCGAUUCUUUCAAUAAGCACCUCUACAAUACCCUGGAUAGUGUCUGUGGCGUUUGGGAUGUAGAAUUGCAAACGGUAUUGGAAAUUAAUAAACUGGGUCACCGCAGACGUAUUUUGCAAUCGAUUGCCUUUAUUAAACAAAUGCGUGAACCGAAAUCUGCAAAAACCCCACUGGGAGAAAAUAACGAGACCAAUAAAAUUCCUACAUCUGGCGGUGGUGCUCAACGACAAUCGGCAACAGGAUAUCGGAAGAAUAGACCUGCACCACCACCCCCUACCCAAAAGGCCACCCAACAAACUCCUACUUCAGCCCAAUCGCUGGAGAUACGUGCACCCUCGGAAUUGCUAUUGGGACUACCCGAUAAUUUACGCACAAAAUGGCGUCAUUCAGCAAAUGAUUUGCUCAAUGAUCAAAUAAAAUAUGAAGUUUAUUAUUUAGGCUCAACGGUUGUGAAGGAGCUGCGCGGUACCGAAUCGACCCGCAAAUCCAUACAAAAACUAAAACAAGACGCCCAACAUACGACUGCUACCAACAUGUUAAUGUCUUCCCAGUCAGAAACCAAUGCUGCCCGUAAUCAAUCAUUUAACAAACAGAAACGCAUUCUUGUGACACUGGCCAUCUCGCAUCAUGGUGUUGAAUUUUUGGAUGUGAAUACUAAGAAUACAAUUUGUGAACACGAGAUACAGAAUAUAAAUUGUGCAUGUCAAGAUGCGGAUGAUUUAAGACAUUUCGCCUACAUAACCAAGGAAAAUGAAAUACACUAUUGUCACGUGUUCUAUGUGGAGAGUCAGGACUUAGCCUCCGAUAUAAUAUUAACAUUGGGACAAGCAUUUGAGGUGGCAUAUCAAUUGGCCCUGCGAGAUGGUAUAACCUCAACACCACUCUCCACACUCAAUCACAGCAUACUACAGGGCUUGGAUUAUUCCAAGCCGAAGGCUUCGGCUAGCAGCAGUAAAACUCAAGAAGCGUAAGAUGACCAAACCCCCAAUAACUUUCAAAGACUUUUAAA